AUGAUGACUUCACAAGGACCAUCCACACCGAAAUCUGGAGCAUUCUUCACAUCCACCCCAGUUACCGUGAGUUUUUAUAACCAAAAUAUAUGUAAAUCAUUUUUGAUUUUAAUUUUCAGAAGGGCAAAUUCCGUGUUUUCUACGACAGCGAGGAUGAAUCGAUUGAGCAAAUCAAGGCUCUCCCACCAACGCCAAAAAGGAUUACCAAGCCGAAAAUCGCGAAACCUACGUCAAACUUGGUCCCGAGAGCGCCCACCGUGCCGCAAACGCCGAGAUUCGCAAGACCAACCAAAUCUUGGUUGGCAAAGCAAAAUGUGAGUUUUGUAUAUUUAUUUGAUGGAUUUCUGAUGUGAAAAUAUGGAUUUCAGAAGCCAAGAGACAUCCAGCAACUCUUCGAUGCACCCAAAAGGCAAUUCAACUAA